ACAGAGAAUAAGGAGGAGGAGGAUGAAGAAGAAGUCCAUCAUGUGCUGCUCUGAAGACUGUAAAUGCAGGCCUUUGGGGUUUCUGCUACGGCUUCCCUUUGCCUUCCUGUCUCUGCUCCUCUCUCUUAUCGGUAUUAUUAUCUGGAUUGUUGGGUUGAUAUUAACAUGCAUAUACCCAUGUUGUCUGUGUGUGACCAUUAGUAUUGAGUUUUCUUUAGCUCGGAUCAAAGCUCCAAUAUUGGUGAUAGAGUGGUUCAUCUCUAAGAUUCCAUGUUAG